CACUACUCUCAACCCCCUUACCGCUCCACCUAUAAAGCCCUUCAAGCCAUAAAACCCUCUCAAAAAACUUUCUCCCAAAAUCUCGCGCCCAAACAAAAACAAGAAACAAAAAAGAGAACAAAAUCAAUCCCAAGAAACAAAAACAAUGAAUUCUCCCUCCAAUCUCCUCGACGAUGCCCUAGGCCCAAUCCCCGGCCCAGUAAUCCUCGUCGAGGACCGGGUCGAGACGAGCGGCGCCUUUGUCCUCCACCACCUCCUGAAGCGCUCUCUCGCCGCCGACGCAGGCGGCGCCGUCGUAUUCCUCGCCCUCGCGCAGACCUUCUCUCAUUACGACCGAAUCAUGAGGAAAAUGGGUUACAAUUUGUCGGCGCAGCGGGAGAAUAAGAAGGUGCUGUUUCUUGAUAUGAUGAAGUUAGAGUACCCUUCUGAGCAUAAAGAUGGCCUUAUUGGGUUGUAUGCGAAGAUUCAAAGCGCUAUAGAAUCAAGAUCUUCAAAGGAGAACAUUACGAUCAUGAUAGAUGACAUCUCUCUCUUGGAGAUUGCAGCUCGUGGUUCUGCAGAUGAUGUGUUAGAUUUUAUGCACUAUUGUGUUGCUUUGACUUCUGAAUUGGGAUGCUCUCUUGUAAUUCUGAAUCAUGAAGAUAUAUAUCCUAGUGGAGAGGAACCACCACCGACGUUACAUUCAAAUUUGGAAUACCUUGCAGAUGUUGUGGUAAAGACAGAGCCAUUGUUGACUGGUUUAGCUGUUGAUGUUCAUGGACAGCUGACAAUCAUAAGAAAGGUGGUUUUGAAUGAGAAGGGUUAUUCUGCAAGCAAGAUCAGUAAUUUUCACUUCAAAGUGAAGGAAAAUGGUGUGGAAUACUUCCAUCCAGGGAGCCAACGUUGAGAGAACUACUAUUAAUGACGGGUCAAUAACAAUGUAUCUUUAUCUCGUUUGUUAUGUGCAAUGACUUCGUCGUCAGGCUAACAUUCUUCUUCUUCUUCUUCUUCUUUUAGAAGUUUUUAAGUUAGCACCAUAUGUAUGUAUGAGUCUUGAUCAAUUGCUUGCUACAACUAUUUUGGAUGCUUAAUGCUAAUGCACUUUGUUCCUUCUA